GAAGAGCAUCCAUCCAUGGCGCCGGGGGUGGGGGAGGCGGAGGGGGCAGGCAGGAGAGGGGUCCCUUCCCUGCUCGCCGGCGGCGGAACCGGGCAGGAGGAGCACAUCGCCUCCGACGUCACCCAGCUAAUAGGGUGGACGCCGCUGAUCGAGCUGAAGCGGGUCGCCGGGAAGGAGGGGGUGGGUGCCCGCAUCGUCGGCAAGAUGGAGGCCUACCAGCCCCUCUGCUCCGUCAAGGACCGCAGCGCUCUCAGGAUGAUAGAAGACGCUGAAGAGAAAGGGCUGAUUUCACCUGGUGUCACGACUCUAGUCGAGCCGACAAGUGGUAAUUUGGGGCUAGGACUGGUUCUCAUUGCUUUGAGCAAAGGGUACAGGUUUGUCGCGGUGAUGCCGGGCCAGUACUCGCUGGAUAAGCAGAUCUUGUUGAGAUACAUGGGUGCUGAGUUGUUCAUAACUGGUCUGAUUUAUUUGCUUACCGUGACCACCGAGGAAGCAAUGGUGAACGCAAGGAGGUUGGCAAUGGAAGAGGGCCUGCUUGUGGGCAUAUCUUCCGGGGCAAACUUGGCGGCUUGCUUGAAGGUUGCGGCGAGAGAAGAGAACAAGGGAAAGAUGAUUGUGACCAUGUUCCCCAGCGGGGGCGAGAGAUACAUGAACUCUGACCUCUUUGCAGCUGUAAGAGAGGAGUGUAUUGCCAUGACCUUUUGAUCUCACAUGCUACAAAAUUUAGAGUUGUUGUAUGUAAAAGGUAUAUGUAGCUAGUUAUCGUAUUGUGUUGCACGACCUUAAUACGGAGUUCAUCUACAAGGGACCAUGAAUUGUUGUUAGUCAUUGAAUGAUGUAUUACCAGAUCAUCGAUGCCACAACGGCACCAAAACAGAACAUCUAUGUUGUGAAUUUGGUGUCCAGUUGGUUCUUGGUACAUGGUACAGAACAUCUAUGUUGUGAAUUUGGUGUCCAGUUGGUUCUUGGUACAGAACAUCUAUGUUGUGAA